GGCAUUCAUCCAUAUCCUAAGCCUGCGAGAGGAACGAUCCAACGACACCAGCAUCAGUCUGAUAAAAUAUAGCAGAAACGCAAGCACCUUUCGCGGCGCUGGAGAAUGAAACGCAGCUAUAAUGGGUGUAUAUAACAAAAAAGGAACUAUUAAGAACUUAACCGUGAGUCUUUUUUGAUUUUUGCUGCUGGUUGUAGACGUCAUUGGAGAAUUGGCAUCGUGCAGGAUUUCUAUGCUGUUCUAGUCGUCUCUACGUGUGGAUAUAUAGCGGAGAACAUUCUAAGGGAUUGAAUCACAACAGCUUCAACCAUGUCUGGCGCCUCAGUGAAAGUGGCUGUCAGAGUGCGGCCCUUCAACUCAAGAGAGACCAGCAAAGAAUCAAAAUGCAUUAUACAGAUGCAAGGGAACUCCACCACUAUUUUGAACCCCAAGAACCCAAAGGAAGCACCCAAAUCCUUCAGCUUCGACUACUCGUACUGGUCUCACACCUCACCGGACGACCCCAGCUUUGCGUCACAGAGCCUCGUGUACAAUGACAUCGGGAAGGAGAUGUUGCAGCAUGCUUUUGAGGGAUAUAAUGUCUGUAUUUUCGCCUACGGCCAGACCGGAGCUGGCAAGUCCUACACCAUGAUGGGAAAGCAAGAGGAAGGACAAGAAGGCAUUAUUCCUCAGCUCUGUGAAGAACUCUUUGAGAAAAUCAAUGACAAUAACAAUGAGGAGAUCUCGUACUCUGUGGAGGUGGCAUAUAUGGAGAUAUACUGUGAGCGGGUGAGGGACCUGCUAAACCCUAAAAAUAAAGGGAACCUGCGUGUCAGGGAACAUCCUCUACUUGGGCCGUAUGUGGAAGACCUCUCAAAACUGGCCGUCACAUCUUACACAGACAUAGCUGACCUCAUGGAUGCUGGUAACAAAGCCAGAACUGUUGCCGCCACCAACAUGAAUGAGACGAGCAGUCGCUCUCACGCAGUCUUCACUAUCGUUUUCACCCAGAGGAAGUAUGACAGCGAGACAGACCUGUCCACAGAAAAGGUCAGCAAAAUCAGCCUGGUGGAUCUGGCAGGAAGUGAGCGUGCUGACUCAACAGGGGCCAAAGGAACCAGACUGAAGGAGGGAGCAAACAUCAAUAAAUCUCUAACUACACUAGGAAAGGUUAUUUCAGCCCUAGCUGAGGUGGAUAACUGUACCAGCAAGAGCAAGAAGAAAAAGAAGACAGACUUCAUUCCUUACCGAGACUCAGUGUUGACAUGGCUGCUAAGAGAAAAUUUAGGAGGGAACUCAAGGACAGCUAUGGUGGCCGCCCUGAGCCCUGCCGACAUUAACUAUGAUGAAACACUCAGCACACUCCGAUACGCAGACAGAGCCAAGCAGAUCAAGUGCAACGCUGUCAUCAACGAAGACCCCAAUGCCAAACUGGUGCGGGAGCUGAAGGACGAAGUAACGCGUCUGAAGGACCUGCUCCGUGCCCAGGGCCUUGGGGACAUUCUGGACAUCGAGCCAAUGGGGGAUGAUUACCUUGGAAGUGGAAGCAAAUACCUGAAAGAUAUACACAACAAUAAGCAUAGAUACUUGCUUGCCUCAGAGAACCAACGGCCUGGCAAUUUCUCCACAGCACCUAUGGGCUGCCUGACAGCCUCUCCGUCCUCAGGCUCUCUGUGCAGCCAGGCAGGGCUGCAGUCCGUCUCGAGCAUCCAGGAGCGCAUCAUGUCCACGCCGGGCGGAGAAGAGGCCAUCGAGAGGCUGAAGGAGUCAGAGAAGAUCAUAGCCGAGCUGAAUGAGACCUGGGAGGAGAAGUUGAGGAAAACAGAGGCCAUCCGUAUGGAGAGAGAGGCACUGCUGGCAGAGAUGGGAGUAGCCAUACGGGAGGACGGGGGAACCCUGGGCGUCUUCUCUCCAAAAAAGACUCCACACCUGGUGAACCUGAACGAGGAUCCUUUGAUGUCAGAGUGUCUGCUUUAUUAUAUCAAAGAUGGAAUAACAAGGGUGGGCCAGGCAGAUGCAGAAAGAAGACAGGAUAUCGUUCUGAGCGGAGCGCACAUCAAAGAAGAGCACUGUAUCUUCCGCAGCGAGAGGAAUGCCAACGGAGAUGUGAUUGUCACGUUGGAGCCAUGUGAGGGAUCUGAAACAUACGUGAAUGGAAAACGUGUGAAUUCUGCAGUCCAACUGCGCUCAGGUAACCGCAUUAUCAUGGGAAAGAACCACGUGUUCCGGUUUAACCACCCUGAGCAGGCUCGCGCUGAGCGUGAGAAGACCCCGUCAGCGGAGACCCCCGUAGAGCCAGUGGACUGGACCUUCGCCCAAAGAGAACUGCUUGAGAAACAGGGUAUCGACAUGAAGCAAGAGAUGGAGAAGAGGCUUACAGAAAUGGAGAUCCUGUACAAAAAAGAGAAGGAAGAAGCGGACCAGCUGCUUGAGCAACAGAGACUGGUAUAUGAGAGUAAACUGCAAGAGCUGCAGAAACAGGUGGAGACUCGCUCGUUGGCUGCAGAGACCCCAGAUGAAGAGGAAGAAGAAGAGGAAGAGGAUGAAGUGCCCUGGACCCAGCAUGAGUAUGAGCUGGCUCAGUGGGCUUUCAGGAAGUGGAGAUACCACCAGUUCACCUCCCUCAGAGACCAGCUUUGGGGAAAUGCUGUAUACCUCAAAGAAGCCAAUGCCAUUAGUGUGGAGCUCAAGAAGAAGGUCCAGUUCCAGUUUGUCUUACUCACAGACACCCUCUACUCUCCGCUGCCCCCGGAGCUGCUGCCUCCAGAACCAGAGAAAGAACGUGACCCAAGGCCUUUCCCACGAACGGUGGUGGCUGUGGAGGUUCAGGACUUGAAGAACGGAGCCACUCACUAUUGGUCCCUGGAGAAGCUCAAGCAGAGGCUGGACCAGAUGCGCGAGAUGUACGACCGUGCGGGCGAGAUGGCCUCAUCCAAUCCGGGUGAGGAUGGGGAAGGUGCUUUGACCGGCAGUGACCCAUUCUAUGACCGCUUCCAUUGGUUCAAGCUGGUUGGGAGCUCACCUAUUUUUCACGGCUGUGUGAACGAGCGUCUGGCCGACCGCACUCCCUCGCCCACCUUCUCCACCACCGAUUCUGAGAUCACAGAGUUGGCCGACGAACGGCAGAGCGAGAUGGAGGACUUCAUGGAUGACGAGGCUUUCGUGGACGACACCAGCUCAGAUGCUGGGACCGAGGAAGGCUCUGACAUCUUCAGCGACGGCCAGGACCCCUUCUAUGACCGUUCGCCAUGGUUCAUCCUGGUGGGCAGAGCUUUCGUGUACCUGAGUAACCUGCUGUACCCUGUGCCUCUGGUGCACCGUGUCGCUAUAGUAACAGAGAAAGGAGAAGUGCGAGGAUUCCUGCGAGUGGGGGUCCAAGCAAUCGCUGCUGACGAAGAGGCUCCUGAUUAUGGAUCUGGUGUGCGUCAGUCAGGCACUGCUAAGAUUUCCUUUGACAAUGAGUAUUUUAAAAAGAGUGAUUUCUCCUCCGUGGUCAUGACCCGCUCUGGCCUCUCCUUGGAAGAGCUGCGUAUUGUGGAAGGUCAAGGUCAGAGUUCAGAGGUCAUCACUCCUUCAGAAGAGAUGAACAGAAUAAAUGACAUGGACUUGAAGCUUGGCAACGUGGACACAAAACUGGGUGACGGUUUGGCAGAGCAUCUGGAAGUGGGCAGUAUUUUCACUUUCCGCGUCACCGUUCUGCAGGCGAGCGGUGUCCCGCCCGAGUACGCAGACAUCUUCUGCCAAUUCAAUUUCCUUCAUCGUCACGAUGAGGCGUUCAGCACAGAGCCCCUGAAGAACACAGGCAAAGGUUCCCCGCUGGGCUUUUACCACGUACAAAUGUAAAUCUCAGUGGAAGUGACAGAGUCCUUUAUUGAGUACAUAAAGACCAAGCCAAUUGUGUUUGAAGUGUUUGGCCAUUACCAACAGCACCCACUGCACAUUCAUGGACAGGAAGUGGUCAGCCCUUCUCAGCCUUCCAGAAAGUACUACCCCCCACCUAUGCCUUUGUCUAAACCAGUGCCAGCCACCAAACUUAACACCAUCACCAAGUCUAACCUGGGUCAGUGUGUGAGCAAGUAUGACCUGCUGGCCUGGUUCGAGAUCAGUGAACUGGAGCCCACUGGAGAUUAUAUCCCAGCAGUAGUAGAUCACACAGGAGGUCUUCCCUGUCAUGGCACUUACCUUUUGCACCAGGGCAUCCAGCGUAGAAUAACAGUCACUCUGAUCCACGAGAAGGGCAGUGAGCUGCAUUGGAAGGACGUCAGAGAGCUGGUGGUUGGUCGAAUCAGGAAUAAGCCAGAAGUGGAUGAUUCAGCUGCAGACGCAGUUCUGUCUCUCAACAUCAUCUCGGCUAAAAACUUGAAAUCUUCUCACAACUCCAGCAGGACGUUCUACCGGUUCGAGGCCGUCUGGGACAGCUCCCUGCACAACUCUCUCCUACUGAACCGCGUCACUCCCUACGGAGAGAAGAUUUACAUGACCCUGUCAGCCUAUUUGGAGCUUGAUCACUGCAUCCAGCCUGCCAUUAUUACCAAGGACAUCUGCAUGGUCUUCUACUCUAGAGAUGCUAAGAUCUCGCCUCCACGCUCACUGAGGAACCUGUUCGGCAGUGGCUACUCCAAAACACCUGAUUGUAAUAAAGUGACUGGAAUCUAUGAGCUAAGCUUAUGCAAAAUUGCUGACACAGGAAGCCCAGGUAUGCAGCGACGGAGACGGAAGGUUCUGGAUACAUCUGUGGCGUAUGUGCGUGGAGAGGAGAACCUAGCAGGCUGGAGACCCAGAGGAGACAGUCUGAUCCUGGAGCACCAGUGGGAGCUGGAGAAACUCGAGCAGUUGCAUGAGGUGGAGAAGACACGUCACCUGCUGCUGCUCCGUGAGAAACUGGGUGAGACGGCUCCUCCUAAAUCGCUGAGCGGCUCUUUGUCUCCCAGUCUGAGCAGCGGCACCCUUAGCACCUCCACCAGCAUCUCCUCCCAGAUCUCCUCCACCACCUUUGAGAGCGCCAUCACGCCCAGUGAGAGCAGUGGUUAUGACUCCACAGACAUUGAGAGCUUGGUAGACCGUGAGAAGGAGCUGGCCACUAAGUGCCUCCGUCUCCUGACACACACCUUCAACAGUGAAUACAACCAGAUGUGCAACAGCAUUAGUGACUGCAAGUUGUCGGAUAUCUCUCCUAUGGGUCGUGAUCCAUCCGUCACCAGUUUCAGUAGUGCUACCCUCACACCCUCCUCCACCUGCCCUUCUCUGUCAGACUCUCGGACCCCUGAAGCUAACUCUCGUGCCACCAGCCCCUCAUGCUCAGACUAUGAGAACUUCCCCAUGGUGCCCAUCCUGGAAACGUCCUACCUGGCCCGUGCCGGAAAGCACGAGUUCCUCAACCUUGUGCCUGAUAUUGAGGAAAUGAGACCUGGGUCUGUGGUGUCAAAGAAGGGAUUCCUCAGUUUCAUGGAGCCCCGCUCCAACUCCUGGGUGAAGCACUUUGUGGUGGUUCGUCGGCCAUACGUGUUCAUCUACAACAAUGACAAGGACCCAGUCGAGAGGGGAGUGCUGAAUUUAUCCACUGCCCAGGUGGAGUACAGUGAAGACCAGCAGGCCAUGCUCAAGACACCUAAUACAUUCGCCGUGUGCACCAAGCACAGAGGGAUCCUCCUCCAGGCCAACAACGACAAAGACAUGAACGACUGGCUGUACGCCUUUAACCCACUGCUAGCAGGAACGAUAAGGUCAAAGCUGGCGAGGAGACGGUCCAGUCUGAUGAAGAACUAAACAAGCGUGCACACACGCACAGAGAUAGUGCUCAUUUCUCUCUGUCUACCUUUACAACGUACCAAGUGUGUUAACACUUCUAAAUCUUUGUGGUUCUUGACAGUUUCUCUUGUAUGUAGACCUGUGGCUCUGUUCUCCUCUCCAGCAAAUGAACUUUAAGUUCCUAAACACCAACUGUCCCCUACCUCCCUCCUUCCUCCCUCCCUCCUCUUCCUCCUCCCCUCUCUAUUGUGUUAUUGAUUGGAUUUAUUCUGUCUUCAGUUUUGUUCUUUGUCAUAACUGAACCUCCUUCAAGUAGCAUGUUGUAAUAGUCUAUUUGUGUGUGCACGAAUCUUCAGAGCAGGUUCUGCUUUCUCUUGAGUUACUCUCGUCUGUAAACAUCAUCCUUACAGUGUUGUCUGCCAGGAACAUCGUAUGCUCAGGAGAAAGUUGGUUUGCUAUAAAACCCCUAAGCCAGUGAGUAAAAAAAAAAAAAUAGAUUAAUAAUAAUGAAAAAAUAUAUUCUAAUAAAAAAUAUUACGUAUUUAAUCAUCACAAAAUCAACUUUCUCUAAAAGAAAAUAUAUAAAACAAAAACAAACGGCUUUGCUCCAGAUGUUGCUGAAAAAGAUUUUUAAAUGGACCAAAGCACUUGAAGAUGAUUCAUUUUCUAAACAAGACAGAAAUUGACCCUUAAACCGAAUGUUACUGCAGUAUUGGCUUAAUGGAUUUGCUAAAUCAAAGCGAGCCAUGAUCGUUGGGACGUUGACCAUGUACAUACAGCCGUUUAUUCGCCCAGCCUGUCGCGAUGUAUUUGCUUGACAUUAAUUCCACAUAUCAAGGACAUAAAACAUACCAUUAGCAAAGUACAGUAUGUAAUCAUAAGACAUAUAAUACCAGGGAAAGAAAACGAUGAUGGUGAUGAUCUCUCACGUUAUCUCUUUCGGUAGCCUACAGGAGUAUUCUGCUCGAUUUAAAUGAUUUCCUCAGUAGAUUAGGUAAAAAAAAUGGUGCAAAAGAAUUACCUUAACACAGAACAACUGACCGAAUGAAUCCAUUUGUACAUAACGUUCAGGAUUACUGUGCUUAACGCUAUUCAUGACGAGACAUGAUGCAUUAUGGGUUACUGUCCAUGUUACUGUAUUACCGAAAGAACGUUUUCAGGGCUGUUUUAGCAAGAAAGAUCGAUUGAAAGACCAAACGUUUGAGUGAGAUACUGAUUUAAUUGGUUACCGUUAUGAAAUGAAGGAUUGAAUAUUUGUGUGGUUUAUUUUUGCUCUCAGCAGGAUCUUUAAACCAAGCCUUUAUUCCCCUUGAGAAUGAGCAAGAUCACUUUUUAAUAUUAUUGAACAUUUAUGUUGCAUCUACGGAAGCCCCUUUCCGCCACUGAAUAAAACAUAAAAAAUGUUAUUGCGACUUAUCUUACAGUUCCGAGAACUGUGAGAUACAAACUCACAAUAGCGAGUUCUAAAGUCAGAAUUGCGAGAUAUAAAUGUAUAAUUCUUUUUUCUCAGAAUUGCAUGAUAUAAACUCACAAUUGCGUGAAAUAAAGUCAGACUUGCAAUUCAGACUUUUUUUCAGAAUUUUAUGAUAUAAAGUCACAAAAGCGAGUUAUAAAGUUAGAAUUGCGAGAAGUAAAGUCAGACUUGAGAGAUAAAAACUCACAAUUCUGACUUUUUCUUGCAAUUCUGACUUUUUUUUCUCAGAAUUGUGAGAUAUAAGCUCAUAAUUGUGAGUUGUGAAGUCCAGUUUUAAGGGGAAGAAAAAGACUGAUAUGUUCUCAGAAUUGCGAGUUUAUCUCACAAUUCAGACUUAAAAACUCACAAUUGCGAGUCUGAAUUAUGAGUUUUAGAAAAAAGUCAGAGUUAUGAGUUUGUAUCAGAAUUACAAGUUUACGUCUGGUAAUAUUGACUUUAUAAUUUUAGUUUAUAUCACGCAAUUCGGUGAAAAUAAAGUUAGAAUUGUGAGUUUAUUUCUUGCAAUUCCAACCUGAUCUCACAGCAGUUCAUAAAUAUUUUAUGUGGUGGCUAAUGUUACGAAUUCUUACGAUUUUUGCUAAAUUGUACAUAUUUUACGAGUUCCCCAAUUCAUACGAAUUCAUACGAGUGACCUACCCCAUCCCCCUCUAAAACCUACCCGUCACUGGGGUCUAGACAAUUCGUACAACGCGUAAAGUGCGUACAAAUUGGUCGUGAGAUAACGUAGCCAUUUCUGACUGUAUAACUCCCCACUGCAAGUUUAUAUUACACAAUUCUGACUUAAUUUCUCAGAAUUGUGUUUAAAUCUCACAAUUUCUCCGAAUUAUGAGAUGUAAAGUCGCAACUGCAAGAAAAAAAGUCAAUUGUGAGAUUAAAGUCGCAAUAACCAUUUUUCUUAUUUUUUAUUCAGUGUCCGAAACGGGCUUGCAUAUGUAUCUCUACUUAUUAUCUUAACUUAUUUUUAUUAACAUGUGAUCAGUGUUUUACAUUAUACAACUGAAGGCAAGAAGGGCACUUUUCCUCAUUUUUAUUCAGCUGUUCUUCUUCACUUAUUUGAACAGACCAAGUUUGACCACUAAAACAGUUUCAUCACUGUCAGUAGAAAUUGGGCCAUUUAUGCAGUUGACUGCAGUGCAGUGUGCAUCUGCAGUGAGAAAAAAGGGAUGGUAGUGUUCUGCUUUUUAUGUUUUGUUUUGAAAUCUUUGCUCUGUGUGUUUGAAGACAUGCAGUCAAGACACAAAUACUGAAGUUAGCAGUGAUUCAGUUUCAACCAUUUGGUUGACAACCUCUGGUCAGACAACCAGCAGGAAUUACUGUCACACUGUCAGACUGAUCACUGUCAAUCCUUAUGAAGUCAAUAUUCUUGCUGCUCAUCACAGACUGCACUUUUUCUUAUAGAAGCGCUUUAGUGCAUUUUCACAGGAAACACAUGAAAAUGGCUCGGAAAGUCAAGUCCUUGGGUCAACCAGCCUUUAGGCCUCAUCUGAGCUGUUUGAUUGUUACGGCAUCAGUGAAAAUGUUCAAUUUAAACAUUCAGAUCUGGCAGAGUUAGCGAAGGUUAGCGUUUAUCUAAUUACAUGACAAGUGUGAGUCAAUGUUACAAAUUUUUGCCAGAGCAAAGGUUUUUGGCUUUUUUUUUUUUUACCAUCUCUGUUGAGUGGCUUGGUUGACUAAUGUAAUAUUCAUAAUGAAUUUCAUUAACUGUAUUUAUUGUUUUGCAAUGUAAAUAUUAGUUUGCAGCUCUUUGCACAUGUGUUUAUACAACUAACGACAGAACAAAUAAAGCUUGAACAAUGUUUUUGUUGUUUUCUCAAAUGCAAACCAAAUGGUUUUAGGUUGUGGUGUUUUUCCCUUUGAAGUGGACUUUGAAUGUACCUUGCGUUUCACUUAAAAUGAUCUGAUGAAAGAAGAAGAAUAUCUUAAUUAGGGACUGACAUGUUGCUGUGCUUCUUAUUUCUUGAGGAAUCUGACCAUGUUACAAGGGCACUUUUUUCACAUUUAGAUAUGAGGGCAGAGUUAUGAUGAGGCCUGUUCAUUUUGAGUUCUAACAUCAGGGAAUAUAUUUUCUUAGAAAUAUAACGUUUUGCUUUACCUCGUUGUUUUUUUUGUGCUCACUCAUGCAUUUUUCCCAUGCUGCCUCUGAAGCAACCCUGGCAUUACUGUAUCACCCCAUCAGAUGAACAUCAUUCCCUGUCAUUGUGAUGAAACAACAGAAAACAGUUCAGCCGUGGCAUUAACACUGUACAUUAUUUGUCAGAUUGGCUUCAUUUUCAUACUUAUUUUGUAAAUAUUUCAUGUUGUAUGGAACUUGGAUUAAAAUGUAAAUAUGUCUCCUGUAUUUGUAAUAAUUAUAAUCCAUUCGCUGUAUAGCCUAGACGUGUAAUGCAUAUAUCUUAAUUCUGUGUAUGGUAAUCUUGCACCAUUGACCUGUUUAGUGAAUGAGGUAAAAAUAAAAUUACAACCAGUGCAUUAGACGAAGAA